GACAAGCUUAACACAUUCAAGAUGGCGACCAUAAUGGACUGAAUGCGAUGUUUAUGGUGCAAAUGUUAUUACAAAGUACCCCUCGAAAUCCAAAGAUCGAGUGGCGGUGGAUUCAAUCUCGGCCAAUGUCUCGUUGAUCUGGAUAAAAAGUGUUAUAUAUGACAACGGGGGUAACAUCUUUGGCAAGUAAAAUCGGAUCGUCCCCAAGUUGAAAACUGAAAAUGGCCGAUUCCAGUACAAGAAGACGUGUAAAGUUGUACAUGCUAAAUGAAGACCGGCAAUGGGAUGAUCGUGGGACAGGUCAUGUGUCAUCGGCCUAUGUUGAACGAUUGAAAGGGAUGUCCCUGCUGGUCAGAUCGGAAACAGAUGGUUCAAUCUUGCUGGAAUCCAAGAUUCAGCCAGACACUGCUUAUCAGAAACAACAGGAAACAUUGAUUGUUUGGUCAGAAGCUGACAAUUAUGACUUGGCCCUGAGUUUCCAAGAAAAGGCUGGUUGUGAUGAAAUUUGGGAGAAGAUCUGCUCUGUACAAGGAAAAGACCCAUCUGUGGACAUUACCCAGGACAUUGUAGAGGAGUCUGAAGAUGAGCGUUUUGAUGAAAUGCCAGAUGCUGCCCCACCUAUUGAGCUGCCUGCGUGUGAGCUGAGUAAGCUUGAUGAAAUCUCAGAACUCUUCAGCAGUGUACUUCCAUCACCUAUACGUAGAGAAAAGCUUUUCUACGCAAUAGAAACUGAUGGCUACAUUAAGAAGUUGCUGGACUUGUUUCAUAUGUGUGAAGACUUGGAGAACAUUGAUGGUCUCCAUCACCUGUAUGAGAUCUUCAAGAGUAUAUUUUUAUUGAACAAAAAUGAAUUGUUUGAAAUCGUGUUUGCAGAUGAAACAAUAUUUGAUGUUGUUGGAGUGUUGGAGUAUGAUCCAUCACUACCACAGCCAGCCAAACACAGAGAAUACCUACGGAACACUGCCAAAUUCAAGGAAGUCAUACCAAUCACAAAUCAAGAACUUCUCAAUAAAAUUCAUCAGACAUACAGAGUACAGUACAUUCAAGAUGUGAUAUUACCAACACCCUCAGUCUUUGAGGAAAAUAUGCUCUCUACACUGACAUCUUUCAUAUUUUUCAACAAAGUAGAAAUUGUCAGUAUGAUUCAGGAGGAUGAACAGUUUCUGACGACCCUCUUUGCCGAGUUGACAGAUGAUGAAACAGAUGACAAUGUUAGGCGUGAUCUCAUCCUCUUUCUGAAGGAGUUCUGCACUUUUUCCCAGACGCUACAGCCACAGAGUCGCGAUUCUUUCUUCAAGACGUUGUCGGUUCUAGGAGUUUUAUCAGCUAUAGAAAUUAUCCUGGGUUUAGAUGACACAAGGAUGAAAGCAGCAGCCAUUGACAUAUUUUCUUAUAUAGUGGAGUUCAGUCCGUCCAUGGUCCGGGAAUUCAUUCUUCGAGAAGGCCAAAGUCAUGAUGAUGAUGACCUACUCAUCAAUCUAGUCAUCGAACAGAUGAUCAAUGAUACCGACCCAGAAUUGGGAGGAGCAGUGCAGCUGAUGGGAAUUCUGCGUUUACUUAUUGAUCCUGAAAACAUGCUGGCUACUUCAAAUAAAACUGAGAAAACUGAAUUUUUGAGUUUCUUUUACAAACGAAGCAUGCAUGUGUUGACUGCCCCAUUAUUUGCCAACACUGUUGACGAGAGGCCAAGCAAAGGUAUUAUUUAUGAUUUCCAAACAGCCCAGCUGUCGAGCCUGAUCCUAGAGUUACUUACCUUCUGUGUUGAGCACCACACUUAUCAUAUCAAAAACUACAUCAUAAGCAAAGACUUGCUACGCAGAGUCCUAGUCCUCCUUAAGUCCAGACAUGCAUUUGUUGCAUUGUGCGCAUUGCGGUUCAUGAGAAAGAUCAUUGGACUGAAAGAAGAUUUCUACAAUAGAUACAUAGUUAAAGGUUGUUUAUUCAAACCAGUAGUAGAUGCAUUCAAAGACAAUGGCAACAGAUACAAUCUGCUGAACUCGGCAAUCAUAGAAUUAUUUGAAUAUGUUAAACUGGAAGAUAUUAAAUCCUUAUGUUCCCAUGUAGUAGAAAGCCAUAUCAAAGAUUUAGAAGUUGUUACAUAUGUGACAACAUUCAAGUCCCUCAAAAUGAGAUAUGAACAACAGCAAGAGAGACUCAAAGAAAAGGCCAGUCUUGAUGGGACGCCGUCACUUUUACGGAACAAUAGGUACCGACGUGACGCUCGCACCAUGGACGAGGAAGAGGAAAUGUGGUUUGACCAGGACGAAGAGACAGAUGAUGGUGAUUGUACUGUCCACAUGUCUGACUUGUUCAAGUCCAAGUUCCCUAACUGUGUAGUGACUGUAGAGAGAGAGCCUGUAGAUGCUGAAUUUGAUCCCAUCAAUAGAAAAGUGAAAGAGCAGCCUGCAGACUUACGUGACUCACCCCCUCGCUUACUGAACAAGUCCUCACCCACCAUCAACAUCAAUCUAAGGGCUGGAACAGGAAGUCCUGAGGCCAGUCCAAAUAGUCCCCCUGGUAGUCCAGGUAGUCCAGGAAGCCCAGACAGUCCUGGCUCCACGAAUGAUCCUUGUCCGACCCCUAACUGCUCCCCUAAUGUUCCCAUGUCGCCGGUAGAGAAAGCCAAUACCAUCACAGCUAAGCGGCCAACACUGGUUGGUUUGGUGGAUUACCCAGACGAGGAUUCUGACGAAGAGGAAGAAGAUGAGGAGGCACCAUCUGCUAAACGGCAAAGACUAGCUACGUAACACAAUCUAGUGUUAUAGGAUGUAGAUGGACUAAGUCAUUAAAUAUGAUGCCUCAACUGACCAACAGCCCCACCCCCAAACAGAUGUCAGGGCUAAGACGGAGCACUGUCGGGUCAACUGUCGACCCCUUAUAAGGCUGUGGAAUGUGUCUCUUCUCAUGCUUUGACCAGCAUCAAUAGCAGUAAGGGUGCUAGUGAAACAAUCGCCUGUGAUCUGUAUGUGGCUUGAUAGAAACUUCUACCAUUCCACUACAUACAUGAACUGUGGGGAAUUUGAUUACCAACGCAACAUUUGUUGUUAGGAGAUCAUGUGACAAUUAUUGUCCUAAAUCUAAAUUAUGUGGACCAUUUGUGUUACAGAAUGUUUCACCAUCUGUAGAACCUCAGGAUCUGAAUUUUUUAUCUUUUAAAAGAACUUUAAAAAGUCAAGUAAAAUGAAUGUGUUUGUGAGUCGGAUGUGCCAAUUCUACAAUGAUCACCCGGAAGGUAUUAUAGUAGAUUUGAAAACAUAGACCUUUUGGUCACACUGCCCUAAGUAAAUUUACAAUAUGAAGUUCUUUCACGGAAAGUAAAUCAGCUUUUAUCGUAGUGAAAGACCCACAGGGGACCUAAAGGAUGCCAGUCGUUGUAGGAAUCGCAUUUAACUGGGAUCUCAAAUCAUGAUGCAUGCAACGUAAUCCAUUACUGAUUAUCUCCCUUGAGUUAGUAGGUACAAAUGUGAAAAGCAUUUCCACAUCUUUGUGUGAUAUUUUUUAAACCAAUGUGUCAUUUAGUUCAUUAUCAUUUUCAUUCACAUCAUUUAUCCAUCGUUUCCAUUUUCUAUUCAUUUUCAUCUCAGUGCUUCAUCAACAUAGUAGCCUUGUGUUGUAAAUGAAUUUUUGUACAGUUAAUUUAAAAAGUGAAAGUACUUGACCAAUAGGUCAAAAAUACGGUCACAGACUUUUCCUCUCUUCAUGCUCUAUAGUUUUUAAAUGAGAAUGACUUAUUUAUAUAUUAUUAGAAGAUUAAAAUAUUUUGUGUUGUCGAAAAAUAUGAGUUGGGAGGAUUAUUUUCUGGUAGGUUUUGUCCAAAAAAAAAAUACCUGGGAGAAUUAUUUUCUGGCAGAUUUGUAAACUAUUUUGUUGCGAAUAAAUCUCAUCUGUGCUAUGUACACAUAGAUCCUUGCUGACGGAGUUAGACUGUCAGAGGCAGCAAGCAUUAUUUAAGUCUGCAUGAUUGGUGCAUGCCCAUUGUCAUGUCCACGUACCAUUGUUAUUUGUUCCAAGAGGAUGUUAAAUAUGUACAUACUUACAAAUAUAUAUCUAUAUAGUAAUGAAAUAGUCUGUGACUUAAUUUUAAAUGAAUGAUGGAAUCACACACACAAAGCGAUGGUAUGAAACCCAAAAAAGAAAAACAAAACAAAACAAAUCUCAUGCAUUUCAUUAUGUGACGUUUUAUGUAUAAAUAAGCUCAUGUUUAAUUAAAAAGUAAAUAUGACAGAAAAUAAAUGCAAUAUGAAAACAUA